AUGUUUUACAGAUCAAUGCGAGCUUUUGCAAAGAAGUUGAAUGUGAUGUUACGGCUAUUUCGUAACCUCAGUGACCAAAAACGUCCAUCCACUUCUCCUACAGCAAAAUCCGAAAGGCGUGACGAAAAUUCGGCCAGAAGCGCACAUCCUUCUACGGCUACUUACAAAGUGCCAGAAUAUUAUGGUCAUUCUGCGUACUAUUUUUACGAUUCCAUCAUCGCUUUAAAACCUCGUCGCCUUCCCCAACCGGACCCUACUCGUUCGACUUAAUUACUAUAGUGAACCAAAAUAUUUGGUUUGAAACUUUUGCAAAAUAUAUACUAAAUCAUU